AUGCCUUCCUCGCCCGACUACCAACACCCCCUGGACCAUCCCGAUGCUCCGGACGAUUUCUCGGACUCGGACGAUGAUUUGGACCUCGAAGAGCUAGAUCCAAGCACAGCUUCGCCUCAGCAAAGUCGGGAGUCGCGGGACUAUACGGGCCGAAAACGAAGCUUUGGGCCUGGGAUAGCGUUACGGAACUUGCGUGUUGGAGCCGGCAGUCGAUGGAGACGCAGCGCGUCUGGACGAGGCGAGUUUGAUGAUGACACCGAUGCGCUAUUGGAGAAUAGGGAAGACCAAGGUGUGAGAGACUCGCAUGCGAGCUCCCGCAAUCUGGAAGAAGACGGCCUACCACUCUUAGACCGUCGGGCCUCGACUCGCGACUUCGGCAAUGAUCCACCUAAGAAAGCCAGGUUCUUGCGAUUCCCAUUUAAAACGCCUGCCUUUUUGCAGGGAAGAUCGGUGCAGCUUUCUGGGGAUGACAAUGAAACUGUAGACCAACCACCCCGUCAAGUGCUCGUUGGGCAACAUCAAGCCGCCAAAUAUCCGGCCAAUGUGGUUUCGAACGCAAAGUACACACCAUGGAGCUUUUUGCCAAGGACUCUUUACAAUGAGUUUUCUUUCUUCUUCAACAUAUAUUUUCUGCUGGUUGCUAUGUCGCAAAUCAUUCCGGUUCUCCGAAUUGGCUACAUGUCAUCCUAUAUCGCCCCGUUGGCCUUUGUGGUCUCCAUAUCCUUGGGAAAGGAAGCGCUGGAUGACAUUGGACGCCGGCGCAGAGACGCAGAAGCCAAUUCGGAGGAGUAUUGCACUCUCACCGUUGGCAGGAACAAUACUACGGAGGUUAUCAAAAAGUCACGGGAUUUGAAAGUCGGCGAUAUUUUGAAGGUCCGCAAGAAUCAACGUUUGCCGGCAGAUGUUGUCAUUUUGAAGAGUAUUUCCAAUGACUCGGGCUCUCCCCGUCCAUCGAUGGCACCAGAAGAGGCUUCGCCCCAGCCUACCGACUUACUUGAAUCAGGCCAAGGAUCUUCAGAGCCCCAGGCGCAAAUAACCAGCACUCCUGCCGAGGAUUCUUCGGAUUCUGCUGGUGACACCUUCAUCCGCACUGAUCAACUGGACGGCGAAACUGACUGGAAACUCCGUCUGCCCUCGGUCCUGUCCCAAUCGGUCCCACUGGCCGACCUUGGUCGACUUCACAUCACCGCGAGUGCGCCGGAUAAAAGGGUCAAUGAUCUGCUCCGUCGGCGCCUUUGA